AUGGCGACAAACACUGACCGUACUCCAGAACCCCUACUACCAUCCUUCUUCAUCGCCUCAACAUCCGCUGCGGCGUUACUUCCACCCACCACCACUGCACAAAUUCCUGACACACUGACAAAUACCAACUUCCCCUCCAUGAACGCCAGCGAUGUGGGCUCCGCCCAUACUUGCCCUCAUUACGAUCGCACUUUCUCCUCACACACUGGCUUUGUAGGUCGCUUGUGAGUCCGUCGAACAGAGACUGGAGGACCAGUACCUGGAGCACUCACACACACCAGACGCAUUCACCCAAACUGCCCCAAAUGAACCCCCAAAUUUAGUCAUCUUAUGGGUAUAUUAGGCCAGUUGCGUAUCCAUAAGAGCGUAGUUGACCGCGGUCUUGACACACCAAGCAUAUACUGCACGUUUACCAUGUCUAGCUCAACCCCUACCCCGUCAGCCAACGAGUUCGCCAUCAGCAGCUCAACAACUGUCACCACAUCUGAAACCCAACCUGACACCCCCGACUUUCCCUGUCCACGCUGUACACGUACAUUCUCCCCACACAUCAGCCCUGUCGGCCACUUGAGAAUUCAUAGCACAGAGACUGUCGAACCGGUGUCUGGAGCGUCCACUUACACUCACCGCAUCCGCCCCAACUGGCAGUCUCAUUUCCUUCUGAUGAAAUCAGUACUGGACCAAACAAAGGCACUGAAGAACCGUUGUCUGCUAACAGCUUAAUAAACUGUCCGUGGUGAGACGGGGCGGGGGUCAUAGACCACGAACUCCAUCACUACGGUAGAUUAAAUCGGUGGAUUCAGCACCCAAAAUUUGUGGGGGGUUUUCUCAAUGCGAAAAACGAGUAAUGGGUCUCUUAAACGAAGAAUAAUUUUACAGAAUUUUUGCAUUCCUGACAAAUUUGUUCCAGACUGAAUUGUGUUCAUAUAAAAGAAACGACGAUAUUUAACGGAACACGCAAGAGGAAGAAGUAAAAAACCUCAAUGUGACUAUUACGUCGGGGAUGGUCUGGCGGGUUUAAAGUAGUAAACUGGUUGAAAGUACGUUCGCUUAAAAGUCCCUUUUUAGUCGACGAAACCACAAGGGGUCAAGGCCUGUAAGACGACAACGAUCCGGGUCGCUCAAGUAUUAGCGGUCGAAGGUCAAAACUCUCUUGGUGAAUAUGUGUUGGACGGGUUCCAUUCUCUUCUACUCAGCAGCACGCAUGAAGCUAAAUAAAAAGGAACCGUAUUCCAGGCCAGGUCUGACGCACGUUUUAUAAAGGCGCAUUCUAAUGUCGUUAGUUUUCAAAUUUCGGAGGAUAAACCAGGUCGUUCUGCGUGUUUUGCAGACUAUGAUGACGAAGUCCUCCGAAAGAUUAAGACUCCUGGAUUAUCAUGCACCCAGAUCCUUAAUAACUUCAGCCACAUUGAUGUCGUGACCGUAAACACAUAUUUGGUGUUGGUGACCAUCGCGAUCUUCAUUCGUAAAACUACCUGCGUUGUGUUAACAAGGCUUUGUUCUCCAAAGAAUGUUACACGAAACCAGUCCAAACUGUAAGGAGCAUACGCAAUCCUUGUUAACAGAGUUGAAUAGCUUGAGCAUGGAAUAGCAAAAUGUUCUGCAAAGAAAAACAGUUAAUGAAUUCCAACAUUUCACCGGGCGCUUCUGUCCUUAGCUCUAGUUUCCGUAUCUCGUUUGAUUAUUGUUAGAAGGCGGAACAAUAUUAGGACAUCGGCGGAGUUUUUGAAGACUAGCUCGGUUACGAGCAUACCCGCCCAAUGAUAACAUUUUAUCAUCCAACACUUUUAAUUCCCCUUUCAGAGUCAAACUUGAAACCAACGACCAACACCAACAAUCAACACAGUCCCAACAGCAAUACAAUUGUUCACUUUGUUCCGUAGCUGGCUACGCCCCCCUCCGCAAUCAUACUUUUUGGACUUAGUCUCUCCCUACCCGUUUCACCUCCUCUUAUAUUUCCCAUUAGUUUUCUCGGCCGUUAUUAUGUUAUUAUCCUACCGAGAACGUAUUCUUUAAUAUUUGAUGCGUGACGUAUGCGUGUUGAUUAUUGGGGCACCCGUUAUUCAGUCCACGUAGGUUGUAUCAGACCUGUUCGAACAUCGGACACGCCUGCUUUGAUUUACCUUGAACUGUAAAGGCGUGUUCGUGAUAGCCCCUAACUUCGCAAUGGCAUCUCUGAUGUCGGUUCUCUCCAGGUUCAGGAGUAUUAUUAGACAAAAUGGCGGCAUACGUGGCUCAAUUGUUACUUUAUUUAGGUUUGAUCUUUAAAUAUCUUGAAACUCUUGUUUCCACUCAGAACUGACGAACUGAAGGAUGGUACGCUUGUAGGCGAGGACUAUCUCGGCAACAAAUACUAUGAAAACAACCGCUAUUUCGUUGGUUUGUUUGUUUACCUCAUGCUUUUUGAUACUUAAGGGCGUAAUCGGUGGGUAGUUUAUGGGAACCGUUUUGGCUGGGAUUAUGAAGGUUCACAGGUCCCUCCAGAAUGGUAGUUUAUCUUGCUCAUUUGAAGUGCUUAGGCAUCGAUGGCUCCAUUACAUGACCGAUGAAACUCCAAUUAAUCAUCCGCCCGAGCGAAGGCCAUGGAUGCAAGAUCACAAGGAGAACACAACUUUGCAGCCAGAUGCCAAAUACAUCCCCUUCCCCACAGUAAAACCGAAGAUUGAAGCCUGGAGCCCCAAACAGUGACCAAGUCGAAACUGCGGCCUGAUCUAUGUCUUUUAGUGUAAAUUUAUUCGCCAGUUGUCAUUAGGGCACUUAUUUCGUUAAGGCUGCCUUUUCCUUUAUGAAAUUCGCCAUAUAGACGAAGCACUCCAGGUCAUGCGUUUUAUCGGUCCGAGGAUUCCCGUACGCGUGCUUGUCUUGGGCAGUUCCGAUGUUCUGAUUUUUCAUUUUGCUCGUGUUACUCUCUAUUAGAUCAUUGUUGACGGUGUGAGCGGUCUGUGCAUCCUCUUGGGUGGGAAGUAGCCGUGUCUCGUCAGUUGGUCUUGAGUUCUUAAUUUUAAAGCUUCGCGAGCGACGCAAAAACGGGCAUUACGGAAGAUAUAUUUUCAGAUUCCAUAUAAACUCCCUAGUACUAACCAUUGUAGUGUUUAUGAAUCUAAAACUUCAUAAGGAUCCCUAGAAGUGCGCUUAAUUCACUUAUCACGCGUGCCAUUAUAAUGCACCUGUUUCGCCUCAGACCUUAUUUUGGAGAACACUCCUGACGAUCAUCAGUAAGUAGCUAUCUGUCUACAUAUCAAUUAGAGAAGUUACUCAUUUAUCACUGAAUUUCGUACAUUGAUUUAUUCAGCGGUCCACAUAAACCACCGUUUUUAACUGCAUUCGUUUAAACCACCAACCAAAGAGUUUUUAAGUUAGGGGGAUAGUUGCAAUCUUCCACACUGUCAGCGUUAGUGCUGCGGGCGCUAGCCGUUUCGUGCCAGUACAAUCGUUGGUUUCUCUUUGCUCGGUCUUCCCUCUGCGUUCGAAAAUCGCUAGGUAAAGCUAUGGGAAAAUGAGUAGCCGACUGGAAAUAGUUCGUUACCAAGACAAGCAUGCAAUCUACUCGCUAUCUAUUGUGUUUCUUUUCGUCUUUUUCCCUUAACUUGUUUACAAUACCCAUCCUCUGGUCGUUCCCGUUUACGAACUUGUUGAUGCUAAGCAGUUUUAUUCAGAUUAACCCUGUAUCGUAUUCCUCUUUUAGUGACGGAGGUCGAAACUGACGUAUUUUCACGCGCCUUUCAACCCUCAACCGAUCGAUCCGUGUUCUAGUCCUCAGUAGUUUACAUAUGCAACCGCCACAACACUAUGGAAAUCUCAGCCCGCAGAAACUUAAGCGCAGUCUCUGAAAGCAAUUUUCGCGAUGCGGUGUAUCUACCUCCUAUUCGGUAGCACAGAGCUGCAGCGUUCAAUAAUUUCUGCUCAUCAUGUUAGACUUUCAGUCCUAAUAAUUUCUGUCGCUUAGUGCAAGAAAUUGACGUCUUGAAGGAUUUAAUAUGGCUUAAGACUAUUCUAUCCAUCCCCAACCCAUGAAUGGGUAUAAGCGCUUUGAAAUCCCAGUUUAGGAUGACCUAUUAAAAUAUAGUUGCGCCUAUUAACUGUGUCAAGUUCUAGUUUCUUUACCGGCAGACCAUCAGAAUCGCUUCAUAAGCUAGGCAUUUACAUGGAAGUGUGCGAAGAGAAAGCGAAUACCAACGGUCUUUGCUACCAAGGGUUACGACGCCCUCUUUUUAAGUAUUAGCGUGCGUCCUGUGCCGCAAAUGCCCUGCUCUUCUGAAUGCUCGUCACUGCGCAAGCUGACUUCCGGUCAUUUGACUUAGUAGAAGUCGCACGUGUGGUUUCCGGCGUAGAACUUAAUAGACGUUUCUAAGAACUGACUACUUUGAUCUUUCUGGGGGAUUUCAAGAUGGUCGACACCCCUAAGUCUGUAAAUGGUGUUACACGCUGUUUUCAUACCGCCAAACAGUUCGUGUGGAAUAGUUUAGCUUUCCUGAAUUUUUGCAUGUUUUUAGUAAUCGCAUGUUAGUUCGUACUCUGGGAUUAUGUGUCCUUUUUCUGACCAAAACAGACGCAUAGAGAUCACGACUCGCGUUCAUAAGCUGUUGGUUCUAAAUCCGAGUGCCCAUAUUGUGAUUUUUUCCUGAUCUUCCCCUCGUUUAUCCUUCGUCAAAUCUUUUGCAACGUACCCAGGAUUAAACGACAUUUGUAGAACAGUUAGCGCCUACCAAAAUGGUAUUUGGGGCUAUGGCUUGCAUACUUGUAUUUGGUAAGAUCUCUUUAUUCACCGCUGAAACAGCGGAUUAAUUUCUUUUUUAGCCCCACAAUUUUGUCAGGAAGGAGACAGCAAUUAUUCCACAAUUCUUUGUUAGACAUAAUCCAGGCCCCCUCACCUCCAUAUUAAGUCCAGAAAUUUUGUAAAAUUAACCAAAUGGCUCGUCCGUCAAUGUUCAAUCUCCGAUUACCCCAAUAGACCUGACACUGCUGUUAGUUCAAAUCACCACACAAGCGCAACGGUUGUGCCAUGAGGUGCCCUCUUUCGUGUUUAUACCGACAUGAACGACGAAUGUGUCGUAAAACGCGAAUCUGACAAAUGCUCAUUCAGACAGGUGGCUGAUUUGAUUUCUGGGCAAGUACGAAUGCUAUGCAGACUCAGUGGGUAGGAAUCCGUUUGGCUCUUCGGAUCGUAUUUAGCGCUUUUAACUAUUUGUGGAGCCUACUGGUCUUGCCGUUUAUGGCUGGGUGGCAGGUUGCCUUUUAAGUUCAGUGACGCCCAAAGCAGUUCAAAACACCUGCAAGGAUGUCGGCGCGGACAUGCUGUCUUUGCUAGUCAGUAUGUUAGACAGAGCCUCGCAAGUCGGGCCUCAAAGACAGACGGCGGCAUUAAGCUCAUCCUCUACCUCCUGGCUAGGUACCGGGACCUAAGCAGGGCAAUAGAUGGAACGCUGCGUCUCCCCUUUUUGUCCUUUCCAGGGACUUCCACGGCAGGGAUGCAGGCCGCGUUCAUCUGCGUUUUGACUGGUACGGUCUACUUGGUCGAGAACGUCCAUAUCCACGUCUAAUUGUUACUGGGCAGGUGAGAUGUGGUGUCUGUUAUGAAGAGAUUGUACUCUGUGCAAAUCCGCGGGAGUCGUAUAUUGCAGUUUCCCACUCUGACCUCUACGCAGUCCUCAGCUGGUGGAGUCUGCUCCAACUAGUGCAUGAAAACCUUCAGAUGCUGUAG